AAAAUGUAAUAGUGUACAAAGUAUUUGCAAUACAAUUAUAUUAACCAUGAAGCAGUGUUUUAAAAUAAUCAUUCACUUACAGACCCAGUCCCCUAAAUCGAACCCUAAAUAGAACCGUCCAACAAAAAUGAUAAUAAGCAGUGAAAUGAAAUGAAGUUGAUUAAUUUGGAAUAUUAUUCGAUUGGCAUGAAAUAAAAUGAAAUAAAAUGAGAUAAGAUGAUAUCUGAUGAAAUAUAAUCUCUCGAAAAAAUAUAAACUCGACCCACUGUGAAGAAUGGGCGAGAGACUCAGUGGGCUGUGUCUGUGGGUUAAUUUACUCGCCGAGCCUUUCGUUGUAAGCGACGCGACGCGACGGCAAAUUGAAUAAGGUUCCAAACACUUCAAAAAAAUAUAUAUAAAAGAUUAAGCGGUGUGGUAUGAUACUUUUGCCUUUCCAGUUUGAAAAAUAGAACUACCACUACUAAUAAUAAUGACAAGUGACAGUUGAAGUGAGUGGCAAUCAAAUAAAUUGUUGAUUUUUUGUCGUCUUCUAGUGUGCAGAAAAGCAAGUAAAAUUUGCAAAUUGAUUAGGAUAGGUUCUGAAAAAUUUCUUUACCGAGUUUUCUAAGCGUUUUAAACCAAACAUGAACAGAUUAUUUGGAAGAGCGAAACCCAAAGAACCUGGCCCCAGCAUUACGGAUUGCAUUAAAAACGUAGAUGGCCGAGCCGAUAAUAUUGAACAGAAAGUCCAGAAACUGGACACAGAACUUAGAAAAUACAAGGAUCAGAUGAGCAAAAUGAGGGAGGGUCCUGCUAAAAAUUCAGUCAAGCAAAAAGCAAUGAGAGUAUUGAAACAGAAGAAAAUGUAUGAACAACAACUUGAUAAUCUCCGUGCCCAGUCUUUCAACAUGGAACAAGCAAAUUAUGCAACGCAGACAUUGAAGGACACUCAUACCACAAUAUCUGCAAUGAAGGAUGGUGUAACACAAAUGAAAAAAGAAUUUAAGAAGAUUAAUAUUGAUUCCAUUGAUGAUGUAAAUGAUGAGUUAGCUGAUAUGAUGGAACAAGCUGAUGAAGUUCAAGAAGCCCUCGGCAGGCAAUAUGGUAUGCCAGAGAUUGAUGAUGAUGAGCUUGCUGCAGAACUUGAUGCUCUUGGUGAUGAAAUUGCUUUAGAUGAUGAUGCUUCUUACCUUGACGAUGUUGUGAAGGCUCCAGCAGCUCCAGAUAGGGAACCUGGAGCCGACAGCAUCCGGAACAAAGAUGGUGUUCCCGUGGACGAAUUUGGUCUGCCUCAGGUUCCAAGUACACCACAAACACACUGAUAAAUAUGAAAGGGUUUGGACCCAUGUUUGAGAUUGGCAUUUUAGUAUGAAACAUAUUGUUUAUAUCCUUUAAUAAAUCUCUCAAAGCUUAAGAUUUCAAUAAAGAUCCAUGGAAUUUAUUUAAUGUAAUAUAUAAAUAAAAACAAAGUCAUUGAAUUUUUAUCCAAAUAAAUGUUUGUUUAAUUGGUUGAAAAAUUCAAAGUUUAUAAUCUUUUGCUUCAUCUGCAUAUUCUUAUGUAUGUACAAAUAUUUAUACUUUGUUGAAGCUUGAAAAUUGUAAGCGUAUAUUUUACUAGUACUAAGUUGUUGCACACAUUUGUAUUAAAAAUACAUACAUGAUUACUGUGAAAUCUAGAAAUAUAUGAACAGGCAAUAUGAGUAUUUCAAAGAUUAUUUCAUAACUUUUUUCCAUAUAUGUUUCAAAUAACAACAUUCGUUUUUAGUAUAACACGAGUCUAAUCGAACUGUAAUAUUUUAAGUUUCAAUAUAUCUUAUAAUUUUUACA